AUGUGGUGUGGAGAACAAGAGGCUAACCAGGGGGUUCUUGCCAACAGCCUCCCCCGUGGAUCCGGCAUUGUCACUCGACGACCUCUCAUUCUGCAGUUGAUCAACAGACCCCCUCGGAGUGCGCAAACGAACGGUGCUCAGGAGGAGAAGCUGGAAACGACGGAUAAGGAGGCCAACCUGGACGAGUACGGCGAGUUCCUCCACAUCCCCGGUCAGAAGUUCCACGAUUUCAACAAAAUUCGCGAGGAGAUUGUGCGCGAGACGGAGCAGAAGGUCGGUCGCAAUGCCGGAAUCUCGCCCGCCCCCAUCAACCUGCGCAUCUACUCGCCCAACGUCCUGACCCUCACCCUGGUCGAUCUGCCCGGUCUGACCAAGGUGCCGGUGGGCGAUCAGCCCAAGGAUAUCGAGAAGCAAAUCCGCGACAUGGUCUUGAAGUACAUCAGCAAGCCCAACGCGAUCAUCCUGGCCGUCACCUCGGCCAACCAGGAUCUGGCCAACUCCGACGGGUUGAAGUUGGCACGUGAGGUCGACCCGGAGGGUCAGCGCACCAUCGGUGUGUUGACCAAGGUGGAUCUGAUGGACGAGGGAACCGAUGUGGUGGAUAUUCUUGCGGGCAGGAUUAUCCCUCUGCGCCUGGGAUACGUGCCGGUGGUCAAUCGUGGUCAGCGGGACAUUGAGAACAAGCGACCCAUCGCCUACGCCUUGGAGCACGAGAAGAACUUCUUCGAGGGACAUAAAGCGUAUCGGAAUAAGUCGUCGUACUGCGGAACGCCGUAUCUGGCCCGGAAGCUGAACUUGAUCCUGAUGAUGCACAUCAAGCAAACCUUGCCCGACAUCAAGGCCCGUAUCUCGUCCUCCCUCCAAAAAUACACCUCGGAAUUGUCGCAGCUAGGUGACUCGUUGCUCGGUAACAGCGCCAACAUCGUUUUGAACAUCAUCACGGAGUUCAGCAACGAAUACCGCACGGUCUUGGAGGGUAACAACCAGGAGCUUUCGAGCAUGGAGCUGUCGGGUGGUGCUCGUAUCAGCUUCGUAUUCCACGAACUCUACUCCAACGGUAUCAAAGCGGUCGAUCCUUUUGACAAUGUCAAGGAUAUUGACAUCCGCACCAUCCUGUACAACUCGUCCGGUUCUUCGCCCGCGCUGUUCGUUGGUACCACCGCUUUCGAGUUGAUCGUCAAGCAGCAGAUCAAGCGACUAGAGGAACCCAGCUUGAAAUGUAUCUCGCUGGUCUACGACGAGCUUGUGCGCAUUUUGGGUCAGCUUCUGAACAAGCAGCUGUUCCGCAGGUACCCUAUGUUGAAGGAGAAGUUCCAUGCGGUUGUCAUCGGCUUCUUUAAGAAGUGUAUGGAACCGACUAACAAGAUUGUGCAUGACUUGAUCUCGAUGGAGGCCUGCUACGUCAACACUGGUCACCCUGAUUUCCUCAACGGUCAACGUGCUAUGACCAUCGUCAAUGAGCGCCAGCAAGCCAGCAAGCCUACCCAGGUCGACCCGAAGACCGGCAAGCCGCUUCCUCCUCGCGCUAACAGCCCGUCGGUGGACCUUACUCAGGACACCAGCAGCGGCUCUGGCUUCUUCGGUAGUUUCUGGGCUUCGAAGAACAAGAAGAAGAUGGCGGCUAUGGAGCCUCCUCCCCCCGUUUUGAAGGCGUCGGCCUCGCUGUCUGAGCGUGAGAGCACGGAAGUUGAGGUGAUCAAGCUGCUCAUUACGUCCUAUUACAACAUCGUCAAGCGUACUAUGAUCGAUAUGGUCCCCAAGGCCAUCAUGUAUACCCUUGUCCAAUUCUCCAAGGAUGAGAUGCAGCGCGAGCUUCUCGAGAACAUGUACCGCAACAGCGAACUGGAUGACCUGCUGAAGGAAAGCGACUACACAAUUCGGCGACGAAAGGAGUGCCAGCAAAUGGUGGAAAGUCUGUCUCGUGCCAGCGAGAUUGUCAGCCAAGUGCAAUAG